UGGGAAAGCCGUCGAGGGAGGAGCUGCCGCCGCCUGCGCCUAGACUCUUCUGUGUGUGCGAGCGCGGAGGCUGCGUGCUGGUCAAUCGCUGCCGCCCGGCGCCCUGCGGAGCUCCAGAGCUCGAACCCCAGCCCUGGAAACCCAGGAAUGUAAAGACAUCAAAAUGGAGCCAAGUGUGGAUGCAAAUUCAAUUACUAUCACUGUUGAGGGAAUGACAUGUAUUUCCUGUGUCCGGACCAUCGAACAGCAGAUUGGGAAAGUGAAUGGUGUCCAUCACAUUAAAGUUUCACUAGAAGAAAAGAGUGCAACCAUUAUUUAUGACCCUAAACUUCAGACUCCAAAGACCCUCCAAGAAGCUAUCGAUGACAUGGGCUUUGAUGCUCUUCUCCACAAUGCUAACCCCCUCCCUGUCUUAACCAAUACCGUGUUUCUGACUGUUACUGCUCCACUGGCUCUGCCUUGGGACCAUAUCCAAAGUACAUUGCUCAAGACCAAGGGUGUGACUGGUGUUAAGAUUUCCCCUCAGCAAAGAAGUGCAGUAGUCACCAUAAUUCCAUCUGUGGUGAGUGCCAGUCAGAUUGUGGAGCUGGUCCCAGACCUCAGUUUAGACAUGGCAACUCAGGAGAAAAAGUCAGGAACUUGUGAAGAGCACAGCACACCUCAGGCAGGGGAAGUCAUGCUGAAGAUGAAAGUGGAAGGGAUGACCUGCCAUUCAUGUACUAGCACCAUUGAAGGAAAAGUUGGAAAGCUGCAAGGUGUUCAGCGCAUUAAAGUGUCCCUAGACAACCAAGAAGCUACUAUUGUUUUUCAACCUCAUCUCAUCACAGCAGAGGAAAUAAAGAAGCAGAUUGAAGCUGUGGGUUUCCCAGCCUUCAUAAAAAAGCAGCCGAAGUACCUCAAAUUGGGAGCCAUUGAUGUUGAGCGCCUGAAGAACACACCAGUCAAAUCUUCAGAAGGAUCUCAGCAAAAGAGCCCAUCAUAUCCCAGUGAUUCCACAACCGUGUUCAUCAUAGAGGGCAUGCAUUGUAAAUCAUGUGUGUCCAAUAUUGAAAGUGCUUUAUCUACACUCCAGUAUGUAAGCAGUAUAGUAGUUUCUUUAGAGAAUAGGUCAGCCAUUGUAAAGUACAAUGCAAGCUUAGUCACUCCAGAAAUGCUGAGAAAAGCAAUAGAGGCCAUUUCACCGGGGCAAUACAGAGUUAGUAUUUCAAGUGAAGUUGAAAGUACUGCCAGCUCUCCCUCCAGCUCAUCUCUUCAAAAGAUGCCUUUGAACAUAGUUAGCCAGCCUCUGACCCAAGAAGCUGUGAUAAACAUAAAUGGCAUGACUUGUAAUUCUUGUGUGCAGUCUAUAGAGGGUGUAAUAUCGAAAAAGCCAGGUGUAAAAUCCAUCCACGUGUCCCUCGCAAACAGCACAGGGACUAUUGAAUAUGAUCCUCUGCUAACCUCUCCAGAAACCUUGCGAGAAGCAAUUGAAGACAUGGGAUUUGAUGCUGCCUUGCCAGCAGACAUGAAAGAGCCACUGGUAGUGAUAGCUCAGCCCUCACUGGAAACACCUCUUUUGCCCUCAAGUAAUGAGCCAGAAAAUGUGAUGACGUCAGUUCAGAACAAGUGUUACAUACAGGUCUCUGGGAUGACCUGUGCUUCUUGUGUAGCAAACAUUGAACGGAAUUUAAGACGAGAAGAAGGAAUAUAUUCUGUACUUGUAGCCCUAAUGGCUGGCAAGGCGGAAGUAAGAUAUAACCCAGCUGUUAUCCAACCCCGAGUGAUAGCAGAGUUUAUUCGAGAGCUUGGAUUUGGAGCUAUGGUGAUGGAAAAUGCUGGGGAAGGCAACGGCAUCUUGGAACUUGUUGUGAGAGGAAUGACGUGUGCUUCCUGUGUCCAUAAAAUUGAAUCAACACUCACAAAACACAAAGGGAUCUUCUACUGCUCUGUGGCCCUGGCAACUAACAAAGCACAUAUUAAAUAUGAUCCAGAAAUUAUUGGUCCCAGAGAUAUUAUCCAUACCAUCGGAAGCUUAGGUUUUGAAGCUUCUUUGGUCAAGAAAGAUCGAUCAGCCAACCACUUAGAUCAUAAACGAGAAAUAAAACAAUGGAGAGGGUCUUUCCUGGUGAGCCUGUUUUUCUGUAUCCCUGUAAUGGGACUGAUGGUCUAUAUGAUGGUUAUGGAUCACCACCUUGCAACUCUUCACCAUAAUCAGAACAUGAGUAAUGAAGAAAUGAUCAACAUGCAUUCUGCUAUGUUUCUGGAGCGUCAGAUCCUGCCAGGACUGUCCAUUAUGAAUUUGUUGUCCCUUUUAUUGUGUCUACCUGUACAGUUUUGUGGCGGCUGGUACUUCUACAUUCAGGCUUACAAAGCACUGAAGCAUAAGACAGCAAACAUGGAUGUGCUGAUUGUGCUGGCAACCACCAUCGCAUUUGCCUACUCUCUGGUUAUUCUUCUGGUUGCAAUGUUUGAGAGAGCCAAAGUGAACCCCAUUACCUUCUUUGAUACACCUCCUAUGCUGUUUGUGUUUAUCGCACUAGGCCGAUGGCUGGAACAUAUAGCGAAGGGCAAAACCUCUGAGGCUCUUGCAAAGCUAAUUUCAUUACAAGCAACUGAAGCCACUAUUGUAACUCUGAACUCUGAAAAUCUCCUCCUGAGUGAAGAACAAGUGGAUGUGGAACUUGUACAACGUGGAGAUAUCAUUAAGGUUGUUCCAGGAGGCAAAUUUCCAGUGGAUGGCCGUGUUAUUGAAGGACAUUCUAUGGUAGACGAGUCCCUCAUCACAGGGGAGGCAAUGCCUGUGGCUAAGAAACCUGGCAGCACGGUGAUUGCAGGUUCCAUUAACCAGAAUGGAUCUCUCCUCAUCCGAGCAACACAUGUGGGAGCAGAUACAACCCUUUCUCAGAUCGUCAAACUUGUGGAGGAGGCACAAACAUCAAAGGCUCCUAUCCAGCAGUUUGCAGACAAACUCAGUGGCUACUUUGUUCCUUUCAUCGUCUUGGUUUCCAUUGUUACCCUCUUGGUGUGGAUUAUAAUUGGAUUUCAAAAUUUUGAAAUUGUGGAAACCUACUUUCCCGGCUAUAAUAGAAGCAUCUCCCGAACAGAAACCAUAAUACGCUUUGCUUUCCAAGCCUCUAUCACGGUUCUGUGUAUCGCAUGUCCCUGUUCACUGGGACUAGCCACUCCAACUGCUGUGAUGGUGGGCACAGGAGUAGGUGCUCAGAAUGGCAUACUUAUCAAAGGUGGGGAGCCACUGGAAAUGGCUCAUAAGGUAAAGGUAGUGGUAUUUGAUAAGACUGGAACCAUCACCCAUGGAACCCCAGUAGUGAAUCAAGUAAAGGUUCUCGUGGAAAGUAACAAGAUAUCACGCAAUAAGAUCCUGGCCAUUGUGGGGACUGCAGAAAGUAACAGUGAACAUCCUUUAGGAGCAGCUGUAACCAAAUAUUGCAAAAAGGAGCUGGACACUGAAACCCUGGGUACCUGUACAGAUUUCCAGGUUGUACCAGGCUGUGGUAUUAGCUGUAAAGUCACCAAUAUUGAAGGUUUGCUACAUAAGAGUAACUUGAAGAUAGAAGAAAAUAACAUUAAAAAUGCAUCCCUGGUUCAAAUUGAUGCCAUUAAUGAACAGUCAUCAACUUCAUCUUCUAUGAUUAUUGAUGCUCAUCUCUCAAAUGCUGUUAAUACUCAGCAGUACAAAGUCCUCAUUGGUAACCGGGAAUGGAUGAUUAGAAAUGGUCUUGUCAUAAGUAAUGAUAUAGAUGAAUCUAUGAUUGAACAUGAAAGAAGAGGUCGGACUGCUGUCUUGGUGACAAUCGAUGAUGAGCUGUGUGGCUUGAUUGCUAUUGCUGAUACUGUGAAACCUGAGGCGGAGUUGGCUGUACACAUUCUGAAAUCUAUGGGUUUAGAAGUAGUUCUGAUGACUGGAGACAACAGUAAAACUGCUCGGUCUAUUGCUUCUCAGGUUGGCAUUACUAAGGUGUUUGCUGAAGUUCUACCUUCCCACAAAGUUGCUAAGGUGAAGCAGCUUCAAGAGGAGGGCAAACGUGUAGCAAUGGUAGGAGAUGGAAUCAAUGACUCUCCAGCUCUGGCAAUGGCAAACGUUGGAAUUGCCAUAGGCACAGGCACAGAUGUAGCCAUUGAAGCAGCUGAUGUGGUUUUGAUAAGGAAUGACCUUCUGGAUGUUGUGGCAAGUAUUGACUUGUCAAGGAAAACAGUCAAGAGGAUUCGAAUCAAUUUUGUCUUUGCUCUAAUUUAUAAUCUGCUUGGAAUUCCCAUCGCUGCUGGAGUUUUUAUGCCCAUCGGUUUGGUUUUACAACCCUGGAUGGGAUCCGCAGCAAUGGCCGCUUCAUCUGUCUCUGUAGUCCUUUCUUCCCUUUUCCUCAAGCUUUACAGGAAACCUACAUAUGACAAUUAUGAGUUGCAUCCCCGGAGCCACACAGGACAGAGGAGUCCUUCAGAAAUCAGUGUUCACGUUGGAAUAGAUGACACCUCAAGAAAUUCUCCAAGGCUGGGUUUGCUGGACCGGAUUGUCAACUAUAGCAGAGCCUCCAUAAAUUCACUGCUGUCUGACAAGCGCUCCCUGAACAGCGUUGUUACUAGUGAACCUGACAAGCACUCGCUUCUGGUGGGCGACUUCCGGGAAGAUGAUGACACUACACUGUAAAAAGCCUUGGGGGAUGCUGCUAGUUAAAGCUCAUGUGCACUGACACAGCACUUACGUUGAUAUAGAAGGAUCUUCUGUCAAUCUCAUGCUCUUACGUGCAGGAUUCUAUCUGAGUUGUAUUUGGUAAUGGUGAAAAUAUCUUUCUCAGGGCAGGAGCUCUGAACCUGGCAUUAUCUAAAAGAAAUUCCCAGCAGUUUUUGUUUCAUUAGUGAUACAGAGGGGAGAAUAGUGAGUUUAGAACAAGCUCUAUAGUUAGAAGUUGCUAAUGUGCUGCUAAUAUGGCAGAUCAUUUUUAUUUGACCAAAAAAAAAAAAAGUGCCCAAAGACAGGACGAUUAAAAAUGUGAAGAUUUGAGAGCAUGAUUUUGAGGGUAUUCUUGAGCCUAUAUACUUGCCCCACUGGGGAGCAAUGGCUUUCAAAGCACUGUACAAAGCACCUAGUUUAGAAGGAAAACAGUUGCAACUGUCUCAAAAUAGAUGUGCCUUAUUUAUUGUAGGCUUGCUUUCACCUCAUAAUUCAUGUGCCAUUGUCCUUUAGUUCCUAAGAGCCUACAGGAUGGCUUUUGUCACCUCCUUUCAAGUGAGCCAAGUUUAGGUGGUUUUUCCUUGAUAAAAAUAACUGACAACAAUCUCUUGGAAUGAGGCAGGAGGAUUACAAGUUCAAAGCCAGACACUAAGACCCUGUCUUAAAACAUUGUCGUAGCUGACAGCUCUUCUGAAAUCUUACUUUUCAUCUCAAAAUCUUCCUUCAGUUUCCCCAGCCCUGUGCUAGCUUUCAGUUCGUCUUUGUUCACAGUAGAUGCAGUCUCUCCAUCAGUCCCAGUCUAGAAACUUAGAACCUCUCUCACUGAGAAAUUCUUCAAAGAUUAACACUAAUAUAUUAACAUAUACGGGCCAUAGAAAUGUAUGUGGUCUCAUUAAAUUCAUCUUUUGGGAUAUAAUCACUUGGCUGGUAUAUUAUAAUUUAAUAAAAUUUUAGUCACCUCUGUUUUAAAUAACUUAUCAAAAUGACUUUAAAAUAUUCUCAUCACACAAAGCUGCUUUUAUCAAAAUACACACCAAACUGUAAUAAAGAAAUCAGAAUAUUCCUGGUUUAUGAUAUCUUGUAGUUAAGUAUGUUGUUCUAUCAUUCAAAAUAUUUGUGCUUAUAAACUCUUAAUCUUUUAUUUUCAUGCCAUAUUUUAAGCUACUAGCAUAAUGUCUAACAUAUAAUUUGUGCUCUGAAAAUGUUCAUUUCUCCUUUUCAAGUCAAUAUUGAGUAUAAAAAUCAUUUUUUAUAUUACUGGAAUAUAAAGUGAAAUGGAGAAUGGGUUUUGUCCACUCCACCACUUUUCUCUCUUAUUCCUUCACACCCAACACCCACAAACGUUUACAUUUUUCAAUGCUGUCUUUCCAGAUUUGGAAAAGACCUAACUUCUAUCUUAGCUAUCUUAGAGAGGUGAAACUUUUGAUGAAGGUGCUAUUAAUCUAGAAAGGCAAACCUGUUUUAAUGAAGUAUGAAUAAGUUUAUAUGCUUAAACUGUAUUUUAAACCAAUACUUAUGCCGUCUUAAGAGUUUGAGUUUGUAUAUUUGUUUCUUAAUUCUAGCAGAUCAUCAUAAUAUAGCUCAUUGGCUUCUAGAAGAGAGAGCUAAACUAUAGAUGUCUAGUAGUUUUUUCUUGCUCUGGAUCCAAAUUGAGAACAUAAGUCCCCUAGUCGUCAGCCAGUUCUGUAUAUGUUGUUGAGUCCUCCUCCUCCUGCCUCCACGUCAAGCUAUAGGGCAGUGAGAACAGCAUUUCAGGUCACACUACCAGAAAAGAACCCGUUUGAGAGAGGCUGAAUUCCUUAGAGAGGAGGGUCAUUUAGAGAGGAGAUCAAGCACGUUACUUUCAGUUGGCCACUGGUUUAAGUAAUGGGCCACUGCUCAGAACAGGUUUUGUUAGUGCAUGUAUGUGUGUGUAUGUGUAUGUAUACACACAUGUAUAUACAUACAUACAGAGAGAGACAGCCAGAGAGACAGAGAGGGAGAGAGAGCAUACAUCUUUUGAGGUUCUUUAUACUUUCCUUGCCACUCUUCUGAAUUCACUCAGCAACCAUUGUCCCUGUCAGAAGGCGCCAUGGACACUUUGCUGUCCAGUGCUAAUGCGGAUUCAGCUAGGGGCCACCUUUUAACUUAAAUAUCCAAAGAUGCCUUUUGAAUUUAAGAUUAAAACACAGCUAGAAUAUUUACUCUUGUAGUUUGAAAAGGAUCGUUGUUAGGUGUGAAAUAGAAAUGUUGCUUUUCCUACUUUAGUAUCACCAUUUUAGGAAGUUACAUUUGAUGCCUUAUGAACAAAUAAUUUUAUAUUAUGCUUUAAUUUUUUAAAAAUUUUCCUUCAUUCAGAUAGAUAUAGAGAAUGAUUGAAAUAGCACUAUAGACACGAUGUUUCCAAAAAUGUGACUGUGCAUAUAUUUUCUGUACACAGCUUAAAAUCAAAAACGUAUAGUAGAGGAUUUUUCCAUUAUGUGUAGAUUCUGUUUUAAAAUUAUUUUUCAUAUUUAUUUUACUUAUUUUACUCUACUUUGUUAUUUUUUUGUAUGAGGCAUCUGGUUAAAGCUUAAGCUGCUUCUCUUCUUCCUCCUCCUCCUCCUCUUCCUCUUCUUCUUCCUCCUCCUCUUCUUCCUUCUCCUCCUCCUUUUUAUACAGACAUUCCUCAUAAUCACUCCUUUGAGUUAUUUUGCUUUCUGUAUUAAAAAAACAUACUUCUUUACCAAAUAUCGAUAGAUAGAUAGAUAGAUAGAUAGAUAGAUAGAUAGAUAGAUAGAUAGAUUCAUGCCAAAUCUUUACCAACUUUUACACUAACUUUCUUAAGUCCUUUCGUCUGGUAUGAGUAGCUAGCUAUAACACAAAGCAUGAAUUCUUAUUUCUCAAUCACAUUAGCUUCUUUAAUGAUGUUGAUAAUAAUUGACUUUUGUAGCCAGAGCCAGGUGUCUCAAUCUUGUGUUUUUAAAGAAAUGUAUUAUGAAAUUUUGGUUAGAAUCCAAAACAGGAGCGGGCAACUUUGUGCAAUAUUUCGUUUCUGUAGUUUAGUUUGUUUUUUCUCAUGUGCAUGUAAUUGAUAUUUCUGCCGAAGAUGUGCCUUCAACUUUAUAAUUAUAGUGUUGUUUAAAAAAAAA